AUGCAGUAUGCUACAUCAUGUUAUAUUGUUGGAAUACUAUACAUUUUGCUUUAUAUCAUCUCCCACUUUUUCGUCUUGAAAAGUAGUUCUCUCUCCUUGUUUCUCUUGAACAUAUCUGCUUUUAUGGCCAUGCAUCCCGUAACAAGCGCUCUACUAUAUACUGUUUGUAUCAGUCUACUUGUAUAUUUUCGCCAAAGAUGGGACUCUUAUCGUGCUUUUAGAGCAGCUGCUAAGCAGCAUGGCUGUAAAAAGGUGCCGAGAUACCCUCAUUGGGACUCAAUAUGGGGCACCGACUUGAUGAAGAGGAGAAUGAAGGCUGUUAGUGAAGGUCGUCAAAUGGCCUUGUUCAUGAAACACUUCAACGAGAUCGGGAAAACCUUCGAAGAAAAUUUCUUUGGCACCAGAGUUAUCAAUACAAUAGAACGAGUUUGUGCUCUUUCUUUUGAGGAUUAUGGAAAGCCAACUCAGAACUUCUUCAAGGCAUUUCUAGGUGAUGGAGUCCUCUCUCUAGAUGGUAAUGCGUGGAAACACUCCAGGGACAUUGUAAAGCAUAUAUUCCCAAGAGCCGAAGUCUUUGAUUUGGACACCCUUGGUUUCCAUGCCGAUAGAUUUCUUGAUCUCAUCCCAAGUGAUGGAAGCGAAAUCAAUCUUCAAGAGCCACUACAUAAUUUGUUUCUUGAUCUCUCGACAGAAUUUCUAUUUGGGCAAUCGAUCGAUGCACAACUGCCCGAUGACCCAAAUAAUUCUAAAGAAUUACUGAAGGCCUUCAAUGGCGCCCUUGCGGGUGUUGGAAAAAGGCGGUUGGCUGGGAAGCUCCAAUUUAUCUAUUCCUUCGAAAGUAGCUGGAAUAGAGAUACCGGGACGGUUUACGCGUAUGUUGAUGCACAUGUCAAACGAGUGCUUGAUAAGGGACCUGCGGAGGAGAAAAGUACUAGUAGUGGAAAUGCAGUUCGUCGACAUAUUCUCCUGAAUGAAAUGGCCCGGCAGAUCAAGGAUCCUCUUCAACUCCGCUAUCAGAUUAUGAAUGUAUUCAUGCCUGGACCCGACACAACUUCUGUACUCAUAGCGAAUUGUUUAUUCCAUCUUGCAAGAAAUCCAGAGAUAUGGACCCAACUUCGAGCUGAAAGUAUUGGGCUCGGUGACCAACCUCUCACCUUUGAGUCCUUAAAAUCACUAUGUCUUUUUAGAAAUGUUCUUCAGGAAACACUUCGUCUUCAAGGACCUGCGGGUCGUUCACAGCGUCUAGCGCUCAAGAACACAAUUCUUCCGGCAGGGGGUGGCCCGGACAGAAAAUCCCCUAUAUUUGUAGAGCAGGGAGAUGUGGUUGCUUUAAAUAUCUGGGGUCCUAAUCAUGAUAAAGAUAUUUGGGGUGAUGAUGUUGAUAAAUUUAAGCCACAGAGAUUUAACGAUAAAAGAAUGGGCUGGGAGUUUACCCCCUUUCUGGGUGGUCCUCGUAUCUGUCCUGCCCAACAACAGGUACUUACACAAUCUGUAUAUCUGCUCGUCAGAAUGACAAGAAGAUUUGCUAGGAUUGAGAAUAGAGAUACCGUUUUGGAGUACGUUGAGAUGGUCAGAAUGACCACGGAGAGCCGCAACGGGGUUAAAGUUGCACUGUUCACUUCAGAGGGGGAAUAA